GCCAAAACCGUCCCUUAAUGGCUUCCAAAACAUGAUUAGAUUAAGCUACUUAAUCAGUCUUAGAUUAUUACAAGAAUAAUAAAUCAGCGGACCCAAAUCAAGUUUAGAAUCUUUUUGUUCUUCCACUACCAUGUUGUCACUCAAUUUGCUAUUUAAUGAAACUACACUUGUUGUACUUUCUUCCCUCAUGUAAUCAAGAAAAACACAUAUAUAUCCAUAAUUAUUAUAGAUACAGACAAUAUAACAAAACCCCAUAUACAAAAACUCUUCAAAACAUCAAGAUUUUUGAAGAAUUGAAGAGAUGGGAGCUGAUAUACCCUGUUGUGGAACAGAGUUUGUGUUGUAUGUGUUUGCAAGUUUGGGUUUGGUUUUGUUUGCUGGGCUUAUGGCUGGCCUUACUCUUGGCCUUAUGUCUCUUGGUCUUGUGGACCUUGAGGUUCUUAUCAAGUCUGGGCGGCCUCAAGAUCGUAAGCAUGCUGCUAAAAUAUACCCGGUGGUAAAGAAUCAGCACCUAUUGCUUUGCACACUUUUGAUUGGAAAUUCGUUAGCAAUGGAGUCUCUUCCCAUAUUCCUGGACAAGCUUCUACCUCCAUGGGCAGCGAUUUUGCUUUCAGUGACACUUAUCCUUUUGUUUGCCGAGAUUAUGCCUCAAGCAAUCUGUACCCGUUAUGGAUUAACUGUUGGAGCAGCAGUGGCACCUUUGGUCCAGCUCCUUCUAUGGUUGUUCUUCCCAAUUGCCUACCCAAUCAGUAAGGUUUUGGAUUGGAUGUUGGGUAAAGGACAUGCUGCGCUUCUGCGUAGAGCAGAGCUAAAGACAUUUGUGGACUUCCACGGAAAUGAGGCUGGUAAAGGAGGGGACUUGACACAUGACGAGACAACUAUAAUUGCUGGAGCACUUGAGUUAACUGAAAAGACGGCCAAAGAUGCCAUGACGCCUAUUUCAAAGGCAUUUUCCAUUGAUCUGGAUGGAACUCUUUCUUUGGAGACCUUGAAUGCCAUAAUGACAAUGGGUCACAGUCGAGUUCCUGUUUAUUGUGGGAAGCCUACGAAUAUUGUCGGAAUUAUUCUGGUAAAAAAUCUCUUAACAGUUGACCCAGUUGAUGCAGUUCCUCUCAGAAAAAUGAUGAUUAGAAAAGUUCCUAGGGUUUCAGAAGACAUGCCUCUAUAUGAUAUUCUCAACGAAUUCCAGAAAGGUCACAGCCACAUUGCUGUUGUAUAUAAAUCUUUAAAUGCGACGAAAGAGUUUACAAAGAAAACGAAUGACGCUACACAAAAUAUGACUAGCAAAACACGCUCUCAUGUCGCUGACAGGACCGAUGGCAAUGAGAAUAAGAAGAGUCCUGUUGCUGCUCCUGCCUUUAAAAAAAGACAUAGAGGUUGCUCGUUUUGUAUUCUUGAUAUAGAAAAUACUCCCAUUCCAGAGUUUCCGCCCAAUGAAGUUGUAGUUGGUGUAAUAAGCAUGGAGGAUGUCAUUGAGGAGCUUCUUCAGGAGGAGAUACUUGAUGAAACGGAUGAAUACGUAAACAUUCAUAACAGGAUAAAAGUGAACAUGCAUGCUACACAAGAACAAGAUUCUGAAAACCUGGAGCGGGAUUCCCCAACUUCCACUCACCAGUAAAGCACAACAAGAAGAAAAAAACACAGUUCAAUCUCCAAAGGAAAAUUGUUCAUCCACUUUACUAGUCUUUCAUUGCUACUGUAGUUUUCGGGAAAAAGAUUCAGUUACGCGUAGAGUAAGGAAAAAACGAUAUAGCCUUAACUAGAUGUUGUGCCUAAUACUAGUGUCUAUAUAAACUUAUUACUGCGGAUAUAUGCUAUAUGUAUAUUGAUGUACUAAAACAACAGACUCCUGAAACUCUUUGCCGUGGUUGCAGAAUUUAAUUUGCCUCUUGUGUUCUUGUA